AUGUCAGGCGAGAAGCGAGGCAGCAAAAUUCACGUGUUUGUCAUAAACGAUGUGAAGAAUGAGGAGGGGGAGAAGGAGGAGCUGGACGAUGCGUAUAACACAGAGGGUGACGCACCUAAGGGAGGCAAUCCCAAUGGUGAGGCUGCCAUCGGGGGAGAUAAACAGAAGGUGAUCAACCCGAAGAAGAAUAAAAAGGAAGAAAUCAUAAGACACAAAAUGUACCACCCGCAGGUCAAAAUUGUGAAAGUGAGUUGUGGAAAGUCCAUCAUUGGGUUCCUCUCAGUAGUAGGCAAAAUAUACUGCUGGCAGCUGAACGGUUUUGAUGACUUUGACAAGAAUGUGCCCUACUUGUUAGUAGACUCCGUUUUAAAAAAUAAAAUAAUUCACGAUGUGAGCAGUGGAGAUAGCCACAUUGCCUUUCUAUCGAAGGAGGGGGAGCUGUUCACCUAUGGGGAUAACACCUAUGGGCAGCUGGGCAACGGGGAUGACGCUUCAUUCGAGUGUGAAGAUGGGUUGGCGUCAGAAGCGGUUCAUCCGUUUUCCGCGUUGGAGGAUGACCUCGGAGGGCAAAACCCCCCUGAAGAGGUGGACACCAAAGAGAAGAGGAAAAAACAGAAGGGACACAAGGUGCACAAAGUAGAUGUACAAAAUAACAUCGUGAAAUACGUCUACUCAAGGGAUAGGUACACGCUCUACCUGACCAUCGACGGGUUCUUAUACGGGUUCGGCUUGAUAAACGAGCAUUUCUUGCAGGGGCAGAAAAACAGAGCGAAGAGGAAGAGAGUGCUAACCAAACCGUGUCUAAUUGAUACGAAUAAUAUAGCUUUUAAAAAAAUUGCCAUCGGAAAUAACUUCAUCUUGGGAAUCAGUUUUAACAAUUCACUCUACUCCUGGGGAGACAACACCGGGGGGGUACUGGGAUACGAUGACUGUGCAGAGUGCCACGAACCCAAGUUAGUCGAAACCAUCAAAAACGUAACUUAUGUGAGUGCCGGAAGGGUGAGUCUUUGCAAAACGGUGGAAGACGACUUGUACAUCUGGGGAGGGAACUACGGAUGCAAACCCAGCAUGGUCAAAAAUAAAUUCGAUCAAAUGAUUAUUAACAGAAAUUUUAUAAUCGGCUUGUGUGCCAAGAAGAACAUCUGGGUGAAAAAAAUUGACACCCUUUCUCAUGGGUACUACAUUAAUAAUUUGAGAGUCGACUUGCUCUGCUCCUACGACAAUUUGAUUAUCGGCGUGGAGAAUCAGGUGGAGAAUCAGGUGGAGGGGGAGUUAGAACCCGUCCACGCAGAUGCAAAGGUGGCCAUUCGGAGUUGCUUCAUGGGGAAAGGGAAAGACCAAGGAGGGAGUGCGCCACUGGGGGGGAACGAUUUGGCACCUUUUGCAAAGGCGGCGGGGGAUGCACACAAGGAUUCACGAGAUAAUAUUGAAGAAGCGCUUACGGGUGGCGACGUAGAGCACCUAUCACACGAUGUGCACGCCCAUCUGUCUGGUGGGAAUGUCCCCCCGCAGCAGGGAAAGGGAGGUAAACAGGGCCACGAACAGGAAGACCCCCCGAAUGACCACCUCACCAGCACAGCGCCUACCGCGGGGAAGGUGCCCCCCGCAGAGGUGAGAAAGGACGCCGCGCAAAACAGUGGUGGGCAAGGGGGUAAGGAGAACCGCCCCCCAAGUGAAGAAGAAAAAUCGAACGGCAUCCCCCAGGUGGGCUCAAAGGAAAGUUUCGCCAAGAUGAAUCAGUUCGAGUGUGAAGAGGUGCCCAAAGGUGAUCCCCCCAAAGGGGAAGCAGCAAACGCAGCAGAUGUAGCAGACGUAGCAGACGUAGCAGACGCAGCAGACGUAGCGGACGAAACAGACGAAUCCCACUGCAUGGAGGCGAAGUCCCUCCCAUGGAACGAGAAGGAGAGCACCACCCAUGAGACGGAACCAUCGGGAAACACCUACCACAAGUUGACAGACGCAGAAAUGAAAGAGGAUGAUUAUUUCGAUGAGGAUUACUACGGUGAAGACCGCUAUGGUGAAGACCGCUACUCUGAGGAGGAGCACUUCUUAGCAACCAACAUUUAUGGAAAGCCAGAAACCCCCAACCUGAGCGACGCAGGAGGGGGGCUGUCCUCCAACGGGACAUCCAAAGGGAAGGAGAAACUGAACCUGAAAUCGGCGCUGAAGAAAUUCCCGAGCAGUGAGAGACUUAAGAAGAGCGUCUCCUUUUCCAACUACGUGUACGAUUUGGCGAGGAGCAACUACGAGCUGAUGAGCGGGGCGUCCAGCGGCGAGGAGGCGGUGAAGGCGGUGGUAGCAGCGGGAGGGGUGGUAGCAGCGGGAGAGGUGGUAGCAGCGGGAGAGGUGAUGGCGGCAGGCGAACCCGUCGGCGUAGAUGUAGAAGCCAACCACGCAGGGAUAAUCCACCCCCCAGAUGAAGACAUCUUUGUGAAUGUUCCCGAAAAGAUGCCAAAUGGAAAUCCCUCGGAGGAUAAAUUUAGCAGCCAGUUCAUUUGGGAUGACCCCCCACAGGAAUGCACAUCUGAGGAGACUUCGGUAAACAAAAAUUGGGACAACGUAAUCGCGGGGAAGACAGCAGAGGAAGGUUGCCCUCCACUUGUGGAGAGUGCAGACCGGAUUGGAAGCGAAAUCAAAAUGUAUGUGGGCAAUCUACAAAGGGAGGAAGUGUUAGAGGGAGACACAAAAUGUAUGCUACCCUUUGUCAAUGAUUCGGACAAAGUUGCACCGUUGGGAAGUUUCCCCUCCGAGGGUGUCGACAUGAGGUGCACUAACUGGGGAGGCACACUCGAGGAGGAGAACAGUUACACCCUAGGGGGGUACAAAGGAGGAUUCACAUUCGAGAGAAGGAAGUGCUUUCCUAGUGAAGGUCACGACGUUGAGUGGGGGUUAUCCCAAAGAGGAGCCCCCAUGGAAGGGGCCUCUAAGGAAGGGAAGAAAAACGAGAAGGUGGAAAGGGAGGUCUCUAUCGAACAGAUUGGCAGCCAUAAGGGGGGGUUUAAACACACGGGAGAGUACCACAUCGUUGGUAGUCACCCCAAUGAGAGUUACCAACACGUGGGCGGCCAUCCUUCAGCGGCGGAAAUAAUCGCGUCGGGGGAGGGGAAGCGAGGAAGUGGGUUCGCCUGGAAUGGGAUGAGCACCACGCUAAGCGGGGAGGACGCAGACAGCUUCUUCACACAGAACCAAAGCCAACGCAUAGGCUCCUCCGCGAAGCUGCUCCCACUAAGGGGAGACAAAGGGGGAGAGACAGCUGCGGGGGUAGGCAGCCCCACCGUGGGCGUUUCAUUAAAGAAAAAAAACCUACCAAGGAGGAGCAAAAAUCUACAAGGGAGAAAAACAUCAAAAAUAAAGCAUCUCAUAUGCAAAAGAGUAACACGCCGAGUUAUAAAAAAAAGGCUGGGCGUCCCGAAUGAGGUGCCACCCGUUGGAACGAAACUAACCCUGUCGCAUCCCCCCCAGGUGGAGCGCGAAAAAAUGACCAAACUGAAGGUGAGACCCUCCCAGUUGAGGGAAACAAAAAAGGAGACUGAUAGGGUAGACCCCCCUUUGGGAGAAAGCAGCCAUGUAAGUAGUGCGAGUGUGAUUGGUACCCCCUCACAUGUUUGCCACUGCUGUGGGGGUCGCUCCCCCCGUGGUGUGAACCUGCAGGCGGGUAAGAAGAAAGACACUACGCAUAAGAGGGGAGACCCGGGGAGGGUCCCACUGGAGGACAGCUGCAAAAGGAAGACCUCCCUUCCGGUAAACAAAAAAGCUGCAAUCUGCGAAAGCAACCCCCCUGUGAAGGAGAAAAAGACCCUUCAAAAUGAUAACGCAGCAAAAAUGAAGAUAAGCAAAACGGGGAAGAAGCAAGUGUCGUCGAGGAGCAAGGACAAACCUGCGUGCAGCGGAAAGGGUUGCUCUUCCAAGGGGGGGGUUCAAAGUGGCCCCCUUCGCGCGGUCCCCUCGGGUGGAAGUGAUCAAAAUGGGGCAAAUGGGGCAGAUCAAAAUGGCGAAAAUACCCGCCGAGGAUGCCCUGCGCAGGAGGGUCGAACCGGCAGGAAGGGCGGAGCGGCCAAAGUGAGGAGAAACUCAUCCGCGGCGAGCGUUUACCAGGAUGGCGUGUGCCAAGAUGCAAGUGAGGAGGUCACCCCGAAAGGCUCCAAAGUGAAAAGGAGCGACUACUUCUCUGACACAGAGAAAAGGACCUCCCCCUCCGAUCGCGCCUACUCAGGCAACACAUCAGGUGUAAGUCCCAUUCGAAAAAUCACCAAAAGGGAAUCCUGCGCUAGCUGCCAUCAUAAUGGUAUACUUGAGGUAGGCGAGAGAAAAGGGAAGGCCAACUCUCUGUGUGUGAGGCAAACUGGGGAGAGAGAAAACUACACGGACGCUUCUUUCCAUUUGGAAAAUCAUCCCCUUAGUAGAGGUGAAAUAAACAGUUGUGCAGGUGGGAAAUACGCCCAGGGGAGACUGCCCAGUUUGGAGAGAGACACCUGUUGGGGGGAAGGCUUCACAUCGUUUGACCGCAAACUGGAUGGUAAUCUGCGUGGCGUUGAGAAGGGCGCAAGCAGGUGCCACAGCGAGGGGGGAAAGGCUAAUCGGGCGAGCAGUAAGGUGGUGAGGAAGAGGAGCGGCGACAAGCAAAGCAGCGGCGAACAAAGCGGCGGCGAACAAAGGAGUGACAAACAAAGGAGUGGCAAACAAAGCGGAGGCACACUCCCAGGGGAGAGAAAAACGCAACCGUCGGGGGAAACCCAGCUGGCGAGACUCUCUUGGACGAGCGACCAAGACCUCUGCAGCCACCGCGGGGGAGGCAGUCCGCACGAAGCAAAUUCGCACAUGGUUCGCCUCGAGGCAGGAGAAACCGCACGCACGUCCCCCAAGAAGAAAUUGAAAAGGAAGACCAGCGAAGGGGCUCUCUGUCUUUACGGCCGAAGUGGGUCGAAUGAAAGGAAGGUGGGAGGAGCCAAAGUGGGCCCCGCCAAAAUGGGCACCACCAAAGAGGGAGCCGCCAAAAUAGGGGUGGCCAAAAAAGGGAAGCAAAGCGAAAGCGCGGAGGCGUUCGCUAGUGCGAGCAAAAAGCCCGUGAGCAACUACACCAGACAGGUCGUUGCACUGAGUGGGUCGAAGGGUAGCGCGAAGGGAGGCAAAAUGGCCCGGGCGGAGGACCAACACGAAAUUGCGCUCGCUGACGAAGAGGGGAAGAAGAAACAAAAAAAAAUAGCCAGUCCAGCCAAACGGGUAAGUGGCGACUCAAAUGAUGGCAGCGGAAGGGACGUACUCAAAAAAUUGGGGAAACAAAUCAGACGCAUGAGAAACGACAUUGCGAUGGGCAGCGAUUUGGGCAAAGACGAAAGGGGAAAAGGUAAAGAGGUAAAAAACGCUCAGAGAGAAUCCUCAGACGAAAUUGAACCCAUCGAUGGGGAGUACCUCCCACAAGCAGACGCACAGGUUGAGCGGCUGUAUCGGAAGGUGAAGGGAAAACUACGCGGUGGUCAUGUAGACAAGGAGAUGACCCCCCUUGGGAAGGAAAAAAAAAAACGAAUGAAAAAACUACUGAAAGAUGUGCAGUACAUUUAUGAAGAGUACAAAAGCAUUAAAAAAGAAAAGGAAGAAAAUGAAAAAAAAAAAAACUACCUAAAAAAGGUCUUGGAGAGCACAGUAAUGAAAACCAAUCAAGUAAUUAGACAUAAUAAAAGCUCAUUCGAAAUUUAUAUAAACAAAAUGAGAAAAGAAAAUUUAUUUUUGAAGAAUGAGUUGGAUGAAGAAUCUCAUCAACACCACUACGACCUGCAGCAGCUUGUUAACAAAAUAACGCACUUGGAACAGGUGAAAGAUUUGAUCGCUAGACAGAAUGAGGAGCUCACCAAAAGGGUCAUGACUCUCACGAUAGAAUGUGAAAAAUGCAAAAAGAGGGAAGUUGAAGUGGGGAAUGCACUCGACACUUGUAAGCAAAAUUUGGAGAAAGAAAAAAAAAAAAAAAAAUACAUUCUGCGAAAAAUUGAGCAUUCCUUGAAGGGCUGGGAGGCCGACUACAACGAGUUGAAGGGCAAAUACAACUCGGUGCAGGCGCAAAACGGGCAGCUCCUCAAGCGGAGCGGAGACCUAUCGCAGCGAAAUGAAGACCUAUCGCAGCGGAAUGAAGACCUAUCGCAGCGGAAUGAAGACCUGGCGAAGCGAAAUGAAGAACUGGCGAAGCGGAACGAGCAGCUGCGUGAAGAAGCGCGCGCUUGGCGGCGAGAGCUGCACGUCAGGAAAGACCUACUGGGCGGGAGGAGCGCCGAAGGGAUGCUUAGCCGAACCCCCCGAGGAGAGAAUAAAUCAAAACCAACGGAAGCGAAACAGGAGCUUCACUUAGAAGAGGGGAACGCCCCCAAGAAGGAAGCCGCAUCAACCCAUUUAGCAUUCCUGAAGGAGAGGUUAAAACAAAAGUGGGACCCCUCAAAGGGGGGAGACGUUCUGGUGGAUCCCAUCCUCGAAGGGAUAAUUCAGAUGGCUCUCAACCAUUUGGGGGUGCAAAGCGGCCAGACGCGGGGAAGCGGCGCACAUCUGAGCAGUGUGCAUCCGGCUGCUGAAGACCGCAGCGGGGCGGCCAACCUGGGUAGCACCGCAAAUCGGGAGAACACCACAAACACGGGUAGCACCGCUAACCAAGACGCCCCAAAAAAGGAAAACCUCAAGGUCGCCACGGAACAGAUGGAGCAAACGAUGACGUCCAUCGAAGGAAUAGAGCCAAAUUGCUCGCACGGCAAUGAGGAGGAGGAGGGGGCUACCACACAGCAAGAGGGAGGCCACCCCUUGCCGAGCAACGAAACGGUGGAGUCAAAAACGGGCACCUAUGACACGUCAAGUGAGAUACACGAAGACUUAGAGGACAGCUUCUCCCUCCAAACGAUCACGCCAGAGGAGAAGCUCGAAACAGAUAAGAAGAACUCUACAAAGGGGGAGACACAAACGUGGGUCACUCGUAAGGUGAAUUACACCCCCUCUGCGAGCCUCACAGGGUUGACGCACACAACGCAUGGUGAUAUGCACUCCCAGUUGGCGAAUGAAACGGCAGAAAAGGUUAACAGCCUGGACGAAGUGAGCGGCGUCCUCCAGUGGGGCGACGACCAUGGGCAGGCAAGCCAAACGGGCGAUCGACUAAUAGCCAACGCAUUCCUCGAAAGAAAGAAAAAAAAAAAAAAAAAACCUCACAGUGGUAAAGAUAAUCAUAACGGUGGAGAAGCACACGAGGCGAACGAGCACCCCCUUGAUGGGCGGCUCUUAAAAACGAAGAUUCGAGGCCUCAACGAGAAGAGCGCCACUAAAGGGGUGGGUGUAAACGGGUCCACUGUGCCAUCGAACGAGGUGACCACUAAGGCCCUUUCAAAAAAAAAUACCCAAUUGAAGGAAAUCCAAAAGAACGAUUUUUUGCUGCUCCAUGAUUCGAACAGGAUAAAUAAAAAUGAUGCAGUUGGCCAAAUCGCCGCAACGAACGAUGCUUCCACCGAAAGGAGGAAGGUGACCCAUGCCGGGGAGGGUCAAAAUGCAAAGCGAGCAGUCGCCGAGGGCACGCACAAGCAGAACGGGUCAGGGGACAAUUCGAAGGAGAAGCAGAAGGAACUGAAUGACAUGCUCGAUUGCAUUUUCGAUACAUCCUCGGACCACUCGUCCAUCAGCGCAAAUAUGGUGGAUAUUCAGAGCUUAAUUGAGAGCAACCUCAAAAAUAUUUUCAGCGCCCAGGAUUAG